UAUUACCACUUCAUAAAGAGUUGUCAGAGUUUAUUAUACCAAAGAACUUUUAUAAUGAACUUGAAAAGACUUUACAAAAAAAUAUAAAUGUUGGUUAUAUGCAUUUGCAAACUAAUACUCUUGAUGAAACGUUAAAUGCUGCUAUAGCUCAUACUAAUACAAAAGAAAAAAAAGUUUUAACUAUUAAAUUUGAUUGUUCUUGGUCUCAUUCCUGUAAUGCAAAGCAAGCUAGCGGAGAAUUUAUUUAUUUAGAUGAUCUUGAAGGUUAUAGAUAUAAACCCAUUAUUGCCUUUCAUGUCAUAGAAAAAUCUCACGUUAUCACUAAAAAAGGAAAGAAUGAAAAUUUUGAUGAAAAAGUUCAAAUUAUUCCAGUAUUAGAAGUAUCAGACCUUUUACUUGAAGUUUGUAUCGAUGAAGAUUUAGAUUUUAAUAAAACUUUAGCCAAUAUUCUCAUUGUAUCAGAAAUUUAUGCAGAUAUCAAACAUGCAAGCAAAAAUAUUCGAAAAAAUUUAUAUAUGUAUAUACAACAUAUAAUGAGAUACUUUAACGAAUAUGUAUUUACUGCUGGUUUGAAAAAAAAGAAUAAUGAACCAGAUACACUAGUAAAUGAAAAAUUGCGUUAUAUUCAAGUAGAAUCUCACAAUGAAGUAUUUAACCUAAAAAUCUUACGCUUUGUUGAUAAGCGAAUUGAUUUUUGGGCAUCUUAUAAAGCACAACAUGUAUUAGAUAUUAUCGACAAAAAUGAAAGUCUUAAUCAUAUAAUAGAAGUUGUACAUAAAUAUAAUCAAGAACGUGCUACAAAUUAUUCUAAUGAACGAAAAGAACUACAAGAAUUUGAUUUCAGUCAGGAAUUAAUUCCAUACAAAUACAAGGUAGAGGAAAGAAUACGAGCAAAUACAUUUUAUCCUUCUUUUGUGAAAUUAAUUAUAGAUUUUGAUGCAAUUAUCAAGUUGGCAGGAAUGUUUAUUAAAUAA